AUCGAUGAAUCGAAUAGAAAAUAGAAUCGAUAGUGGAGGUAAAAAAACGAAUGUCCUCUGAAUGGGAGGCGGAGCGUUGUAAUAAACAGAGUAUGAGGUGUGUUAACCAACAGCAACGAGUAUAGAUAAAAGAGCAAUUGAAUAGAGCGAGACAGCGAUGGGGUUCUUGAAAUCAUAAAUACGGAUAUGAUACAUGUUAUGUAUGUAUAUGAAUUUGUAAUAAAAGCAAGUGAGGGCGAAAAACGAGAAGAGAGGGAGAAACAAGGACAACCAGAGAAAUACAGAUUGUCAAGUGCAGGCACAGUCAGGAGUUGAGCCAGGAGUCAGGUUUUACCGCGUCGUGUACGCAGAAUCACACCACACAUCACACAUCACAUACAAUACAAUCAAAUGUAAACGUAUAAUAUAUAAAUAUAUAUAAUAUUCUUCCACUUGAAGCUGGUGAUGCCAAUAUCCGCCAUAACGUUGAGAAGUACGUAACGCCAUAACGAAGCGCUCGAGUGAGAGCAGACAGCAACGCGGGAUAAACAUUUGUUCAGUGAUUAAAUAUACGGUGAUGCUGUUGCUCUAAUCAAUCUAGUUUAAAUAUAUUUUGUUAUACUUGGUAUUUAUUACCAGUGGAUUUUUUGUUUAAUAAUAGUACUUAUUAUUUUACAUCGUUAUCUUUGUUAAUUGAACUGAAAAAAAAUCUCAACGAAAAUUAAAACAAAUAUAUUGAAUAUUGAAAAAUGGAUGAUGACGAAGGAACAUCAAGCUCCGGACCAAUGUCAUCCUUAAACAGUCUAUUUUCUUUCACCAGUCCUGCGGUUAAAAAACUUCUAGGUUGGAAGCAGGGCGACGAGGAAGAAAAAUGGGCUGAGAAAGCCGUUGAUUCGCUGGUUAAAAAAUUGAAAAAAAGAAAAGGCGCUAUCGAAGAUUUGGAGCACGCUCUUAGUUGUCCAGGUACACCGAGCAAGUGUGUUACGAUCCCGCGGAGUCUUGAUGGGCGACUUCAGGUGUCGCACCGUAAAGGCUUGCCACACGUUAUCUAUUGUCGAGUGUGGAGGUGGCCUGAUUUGCAGUCACAUCACGAGCUAAAACCCCUGGAGUUGUGCCAAUAUCCGUUUUCAGCCAAGCAGAAAGAAGUUUGCAUCAACCCUUACCAUUACAAACGCGUUGAGAGUCCUGUGUUACCACCGGUACUCGUGCCAAGACACUCAGAAUAUGCACCAGGGCACUCGUUGCUGCCUUUUGCCCAGAUCCAAGACACGACGAUGCCACACAAUGUCUCUUACUCAACUAGUGGAUUCAAUGCAGGGCCUACUGGAGGCUCGAAUAUAAAUCCCACGUCGCCCAUGUCCUCAAUAAGCUCGGUACCAAGUCCCGGGAGCACUUCAAAUAAUCCCCAGAGUCCGUACGGCACAAACGGCUUACCAGAAACACCGCCACCAGCUUACUCGCCGCCAGACGAUGGAUCACAAACUGUACAAUCUCCGCCACCUGAUCCCGCGGCCAUGGACACCACCGGUGCGGCAGAAGUCGAUCCGGUAUGCUAUCAGGAACCACCUUACUGGGCAUCGAUCGCUUACUACGAGUUGAACUGUCGCGUUGGUGAAGUCUUUCACUGCCAGUCUCAUUCUGUGAUCGUUGACGGAUUCACAAACCCCAGUAACAACUCGGACCGCUUUUGCCUCGGACAGCUGUCAAACGUAAAUCGAAAUUCUACGAUAGAGAACACAAGAAGACAUAUUGGUAAAGGCGUUCAUUUAUACUAUGUUGGUGGCGAGGUAUACGCUGAAUGUUUGUCGGACUCGGCGAUUUUCGUACAAUCUAGAAAUUGUAAUCAUCAUCAUGGCUUUCAUCCUAGUACGGUAUGCAAGAUACCACCCGGAUGUUCACUCAAAAUUUUUAACAAUGCUGAAUUUGCACAAUUACUCUCUCAGAGUGUUAAUCAUGGAUUCGAAGCUGUCUACGAGCUUACCAAGAUGUGUACUAUAAGAAUGUCAUUUGUCAAAGGCUGGGGUGCUGAAUAUCAUCGACAAGAUGUAACAUCUACACCCUGUUGGAUUGAGGCUCAUUUACAUGGGCCGUUGCAGUGGCUGGACAAAGUUCUAACUCAAAUGGGAUCGCCUCAUAACGCCAUAAGUUCAGUGUCCUAAAUAAUUAUAAUAAUCAGUUAUUAUACUUUCUUGGUUUUGUUUUUUUUUUUUUUUUUUUAUUUUAUGAUAAAGAAGAACCCUCUUCGUAAUACAAACUAUAAUUUCAGUAGAAAAUGAGACUCACUGUCAAAAACAAUAAUUACUGAGUGUGGUUGGUCUUAUUUUUUUAAAUAUUCUCAUAUUUAAAAGAUAUUACUUUAUCGAUUAUUUUAAAUAUAAUGAAAGAUAAUUAUCUUUUUUUUUAUAAUGACACUAUCAUUAUGACAUUUUAAAGUUUUAAUAAGUGCAAACAUAGAAUUACCGGUGAUUAAAUAAUAUUUACCGAUAUUAUAAUUAAUAAUUACAAUAUUAUAUAUAAAUACAGAUAUACAAUCAACUUAAAAUGUAAAGAUAAUGGAUAUAAUAGACGUAUGCUCCAUUGCUAAAUACAUUGAACUGAGAAGCCUUAUAAAUCAUUGAGUUAUUAAUUAACGUAAAAAAUGAUAAUAUUCUUUACUACAAUAUAUAUUAAUCAUAGAAAAAAAAUGUUAAAUAUUUUAUAAACAACUUGAUCAGCAUAACGUUUUGUAUUUUAUAUAAACGUUAUGAGAGAUUUAUGUGCAAUUUUAAAAAGGUUACUGUCAAUUUUAUAAUUAAUAAAUGCUAUUGCUAUUUUAUACAUUAUUAUAACCAGCAUUCAAGUAAGACUGGUGCUAAAAGAAAGUGUUUCAAAUGAAAGUAUUAAGAUGUAUUGACGACCAGCGGAAAGCAAAUUAAUUAUGGUUAUCAAAGAUACUUUCUAAAUCAUGUUUUUCCAAUAUUUAUUAUUAUUUUAUCAUGAUUUAUGACUGUAUUAAUAAUUGUUUAUUAUUUUUGUUCGCGCUAUUUUAUAUAUUAAUUUGUGAAUAUGUUUUUUUAUUUUAUUUAUAAAAAAAAAGUUUUAUAAAGUGUUAAUCAUUACAUAAAAUUGCUUUCCGCAUCGGCUGUCUGGGAAACUUUUUGAGCCUUAUUAAAUAUGCCUACAGAUUAACUUGACAAUAUUAAUAUGAGUCUCUGAGAAGCAUUAUUCAUUAUACUUUAUUGAUAGAUUUAAAAAAAAAAAAUAAAUUAAAUUCGCUGUAAUUAAAAAUGAAAUAAAAACUUCUGAAUAUUGUCUAUUGUCUAUAAAAUAAUAAAAUAUAAAUUUUUUGUAUAAUAAAAGAUAAAACAAUGCAAGAUAUAAACAGACGCCGAUCUCAUAAGAGUUUAACUUUAAACUGCGUCUGAUAAAUAGAGAUAAUGAUUGAAUAAAUAUAAACUAAUUUGUUUUAUAGUUAGCUUUGAAACUGUUUACCGUAAACUAUUUUAAUAUACGGAACAUUCUUUAUUGUAAACAUUGUCUAUUGAUUAUGACUGUUUAUCUUUAUACGUCACAAUUAAAAUUAAUAUAACGUCAAGCCAGAAAAUAAAUAAGCAAAAAAUAAUAAUUACAAAUAAUAAAAGACAAAAUUUUUUAUAGUUUUAAGUGGCAGUUGAUUCUCGUGGGUGUCUACAAGUGAUGUAAAAUGACGAAGCCCAAGCCUAAUAUUUUAAAAUUUUAAUAUUAAGUAUAGUUAUAGAAAAAUUGAAAUUAAAAUAGAUUUAUAUAUGUACAAAUAAAUCAAGUGCCACUGUCGAUUAAAAUGUAAAUCACUACAUUGAAUUUUAAAAUCGCUAAAAUUAUAGCUUCGAUUGUUGAAACGAAUUAUUAAUAUAAAGAGUGCUGAUAUAAAUAAAUAAAUUAUACAAUAAGAUUAUAUAAAUUUAUAUUUAUAGAUAUAUUAUUAGCUGAAAAAAUUGGUGCCUGAAAUCGAUGGAGAUUAUAAAAUUGCGUUUUCUUGCUUGUUGUAAUUGCUUGUACUGCAUUUUUCUGACAGCAACUCCAGAUUCUUG